UUUAAUUAAAGUCCAGAAGAAGGUAAAAUACUCGAAAUUGAAAUUACUUAUCCUUAUGCAAUGGAGGAAUUUUCAUAUGAAAUUGUAUCAAAAAGAGAUAUAAUUCAAUCAGGUCAUGUUAAUGUACCUGGAAAACAAAAAAUAUACAUCCUCUGCCUGAAUGUGACUUUUGAAAUGGUUCCGAAAAUAACAAUUUAUAUUCAUUUUAUACAAAAUAUGAAUUUUAUUGGACAAUUUAAGGAUGUUCGGAUUAAAAAAGCUUUUCGGAAUUCGAUCGAAAUAACAACCGAAAGUGAAACUAACCCUGGAAAAUCAGUUCAUAUCAACGUUACCACAGAUAAAGGCUCAUAUGUUGGUUUGAUGGGAAUUGAUCGAAGAGCUUUGGAGAACAUGGUAGAUGAAGAUAAAAUUUUAAAUGAAGACAAAGUAAAUUCACAACUAUCAAGUGAAAUCUCUUUGAAAUCUUACAAUUCUGCUCCAUUUUAUGGUAGAUCAUCAGCAGGUGUUAUAACGUUUUCAAAUGUUAUUAAAAGACCUCUACCAUAUCCCCCUAUACCUAGAGCUGGAAGACCAGGUCCAAAAGUUCUUCGAAAACAUUUUCCUGAAAGUUGGUUGUUUAUGGAUUUUGAAAUGACCCCAGAAGGAAGUUUUAGUUUCAUGGAAAAUACACCUGAUACAAUUACAACUUGGGCUAUAACUGGAUUCUCAAUUCAUCCUGAGACUGGAUUGACAUUUACAAAAAACAUAACAGACCUUAAAGUUUUUCAAAAAUUUUUUCUAUCAUUUGAUUUACCAAGCUUAGUGAAAGAAGGUGAAAUAAUUGAAGUUCCCAUCUAUCUAAGUAAUUAUCUUAAUCAAGCUGCAAUGACUAAUGUAACAAUUGAAAGUGAAACUGAAGGCCUUGAAAUUCUAGAAGACCCCGAAGCUAUCCCCCAAUCGAAACAAAGUAUUGUAAAGCUUAUACCCUCCAAGAAGAGAGAAAAAAUUCUUUUCUACCUAAAACCACUCAAAACGGGUGAAUUUAAUGUGACUGUUAAAGCUAUUUCAUCAAUGGCAAGUGAUGCUGUACAAAAGACCCUUCGAGUUCAAUCACAAGGGGUACCCCAUUUAAUAUCGAAGAGAUGUUUGGUUCAUCUUCCCAAAGGAGGUGCUCAAACCGACGAAAUCACACUUGAUAUUCCCGAAGACGCUGUACCCGGAUCUCAAAAAGUUGAAGUUACAGCAUGUGGUGAUAUAUUUCGACCUCUAAUGAAGACCCUUGAAAAACGUGCCAAAGUUCCAUAUGGAAAUGGUGAAGAAAAUAUGAGAUUUAUUAUCUCAAAUUGUCUUGUUUUAAAAUAUCUUAAGACCCUCGAUUAUUCAAAUCCAAGCUUGGAAAAAAAAUUAAAGCUUAAUAUCCUACUUGGCUAUCAAAAUCAGCUAUCAUUCAAAUAUUUAGAUGGUUCUUUUGGACUAUUUGAUCGUAAAACCAUAAGAAGUGGUAACUUUUGGCAAACUGCUUUUGCAUUGUGGGGUUUAAACCAUGCAAAUGACUUUAUUAGAAUAGAUUUUCAGUCCGUUCAAAGAGGUUUUCAAUAUCUUGCAUCAAAUCAACUUGAAAAUGGAUGCUUUGGAUCUGAAAAAAACAUUUUAGACGAUGUUAAACUUACAGCUUUUGGAUUGAUGGUAUUUAUCAUGGAUGAAUACGCAGCAGAAGAGUAUAAUGAGGUCAUAACUAAAGGUCUUGAAUGCUUGAAUGGCAUUCUUGAUGAUUUGGAAUAUUCUCCAGCAAAUGUUAUGUCGAAAUAUGUUUUCCUUUUGGCGAAACAUGAGAGAGCUGAUACGUUUUUUGACAGUAUUGUCGCUAGGAGUGGUUUGAAAAAUAAACAAAAGUUAUGGACAAAAUCUGAUACACUUCAAUCACAUCUAGAAAUAACUGUUACUAGCUUAAUAAGUCUUUUUGAGUCUCAAAAUAAGUCAGAUAAAAUUCUACUGCAUAUUGUUAGGGGCUUGAUUUUGUCGAAAGAAGAAGAAACAUCAUCUACAAACUAUAUGGUAGCCUUGAACAUAUUGAUGACAUUUCUUGAAGAUCUUCCAUUAGGAAGCAAGAAUCUUAACAUAACCUUUAAUGAUGAUCAAAAUAAGUCUGGAAACUUUCAAAUAAAUUCAGAAAAUUCUAAGGUCUUACAAAAGUUUGAGGUGUCUCAAAAUGCUCGUAAAAUAAAUUUUCAAAGUAAAGGUCAAGGUUUUGCUGUGGUAGAUGUCAAAUACAAGUACAAUUUUGUACCGAAAAAUCAAUCUUCUUCGUUCUUUACAAUCCGUAUUUCGUCUGAGAAAACAUCAAAACUUUUUAGAGUCUUGAAAGUAUGUUCAAGUCUUCUAAAAAAUAACCCCAAAGAUAAGUUAACAGUAAUGGAAAUCGAUCUUCAAUCUGGUUACACUUUCAAUGAAAAAGAUUCUAAAAAAGAUGAAGAUGAAGAAAUAAGGGAAGAUAUCAAGGCAGUGGAAUUCAAUGAUAAUCGGGACAAGGUCGUAGUUUAUUUUGACUUUGUUGAGAACAAUGAAGUUUGUAUUGAAUUGAAAGUUCGUAAGACUUACAAGGUAUUCUAUUCUAAACCUGGAUGGGUUUCUGUGUAUGGCGUUCAUGAUAGAGAUCGAAAAGCAGUUAAAAGUUUUCGGAUAAACGAGGCCUCAUAAAACAGCAAUAUUGAUAAGUGGAGUAACUAAAGCUAAUUAUAGGGAACCCGGCCGAACAGCUCUGAUUUUGAUGAUCUUUUUUUUUCAGACGUGUCGGUAAUUAAAAAUAAUUAAAA